GGCGACUUAAAGAAACAAACAAACACGGAGACAAACGAACAGAGAGAGAAAUAAUUAUUUUGCACUUUAAAACAAGUUGGCUGGUGAUUAUUAUUUUUUUUAUUUUUAACGAAAACUGCCUGGUUUGUUUGGAAAACGUCCCAACGGUCGACGACUUCUCCUCCCGCCAACCCGGAGCUGCCGUUAGCUCAGAAACAGCUCGGUGAUUUUAUUUUUAUUUUUCGGUUGUUUUUGUUGUUGGUGCUUCGUCCCUCCUCCCCGCCCCCUCCUCCGUUAUUAUUAUUGUUAUUACAUCGUGACGUUUUGUCGGCUUGUGUAAUUUCACGACAUAUUUUAAUGUUUUUGAGCUGAACGCGGACAUCACCGUACAUCCCGGCGGCUGUCGCCGUUGUUUACCUCGGUAUCUGCUCGGCUUGGCUGAGUCUCUGCCCCCAGCAUCAUCUCUCUUUUUACGGGUAACUUCAGGAGGAGACCUCGGAGAAUGCUUUUCCUCUGCGUGUGUUUUUUAGUUUCUCCUGCCAUGCACCGACUCUUCACUGAAAGCUGCCAAAGCUGCUGCGCGUAGGAACGGAAGCUGAGAGACGCUCGCAACAGAGGAAAGAGAACCAUUUGAUGGAAGAAAAGAGAAAGAAAAAACAAGAAGAAAAGACCAAGACGGACGUCGCUCAGAAAAAGGCUGCUGAUCAGAAACCCAAAGUGCCAGAGCCUGCUCCCACUAAGCCCAGUCUCGGCCCGCCACCCCACCACCUCCACCCCGCCAGCCCUACGCUGCCCCUGUCCUCCUCCUCCUCUUCCUCCCCCUCUUCUUCUUCUGGCAAUGGCAAGCGCGCCUCCUCCAGUAGCCAGCUCCCGACUCAGACUCCCCCCCAGCAGCAGCAGUGCCAGUUGUCCUCUGCCAGUGCUCGCUACCCACCCAGAGAGGUGCCCCCGCGCUUCCGCCAGCAGGAGCACAAGCAGCUACUGAAGAGAGGCCAGCCACUGCCCGCAGGAACCCUCAGCACUCUCACCCUCUCCUCCUCCUCCUCCUCCUCUUCCUCCUAUUCGCCCUCAUCAUCUUAUUCUUCUUCUACGACUACCAGCAGCACUACUCCAAACUCUGCCACGUCCACUGCAGGCAAACGCCACACAGACAUAUCCCUCCAGAGUGGCUCUGUCGCCCAGUAUGAGACCUCUCAUUGGGGAACCUCUUUGCCAGUCGACAGCCCCUCCAGUGCCAACAGCUGGGACAAAGUGAUUAUUGACAGAAGUGACACAGAAGCUUGGCCCUCCAUCAGCCGCAGUAGUGACCCCAGCCACCCUGCAGCACCAGAAUGCCCCUUGGGCUCAGCUAGCUCUAACCAAGACACCAGUGCCGUCACUACCACCAGUAGUAGUAGUUUUCUGAGUAUGGCCACAGGUGCCGCAGGCCAGCCGGCCCACUACACCUCUCUCAAAGCUAACAAUAACAUGAUGACGGGACCUGGGUCAGCCAACACAUUAGCUGGAAAUAGAGGCUGGGGCUCAGAUGGGAAACAAGAUGGUAUGAACGGCGGCCGUAUAGGAGCGCCCAAUAAUUGGGGCUCUCCCAAUUUUAAUUUGAACCUCAAUCCCAAUGCCAACCCAUCAGCCUGGCCUGUUCUGGGCCAUGAGGGUGGUGGAGGUGGUGGUAUUGGCCCCAAUGGGGUGUCAAACUCCCCAUCCCUCCCACCAGGUAUUAAUGGCAAUGGAAACAUGGGAAACGGGGGCCUGGGAGGUGCAGAUAAUGGUGGGGGAGGUUGGGUUGGCAUGAUAAGUGCUAACGAAAAUGAUAAACAGCACCCUUCAACCAACACAAGCUUGUCCUUCAACAUGGAACCUGCUAACCUUAACACUGAUAGACCAAACCACACUAAGCAACAGCAGCAAGCUCAGGAGCCUAUGAGCCCCAUCCACGGGUUAACUGGCUGGGGAGGCCAGUCACCCACUGAAUCAUCCCAGCUCAAUGGGGACACAACAGGCAGCUCUGUAUGGGGAAGUGGAGAAACCAAGGCAGCUGACUCUCCCAAGGACUCAGGCUGGGACUCAACUCCCUCUGGAGGCCUGUCUGCCUGGGGCCGCCAAGGCAGUGGUGGUGGGAGUAGUGGAAGUGGCGGCUGGGGCGACUGGGGCAAAUCCUCUGGUGGCGGAGAUGCAUCUAAAGGCUGGGACUCAGUAGAUGCUGGUAGUUCUGGUCCAGGUCAAGAGCAGCAACAUAGCUCAUGGGGCCAGCAGUCUGGAACAGCCCCAGCAAGCGAAGGUAGCGGGGACAGCAGUGAAGGUCGAUCCCACCACAGAGACAGGUCCUCCAGCAUGGACUUUACCCCUAUGCUACCACGGCAGGACCUGGAUCCCAGGGUGCUGAGCAACACGGGUUGGGGACAGACCCCCAUCCGACAGCACACUGUAUGGGAGAUGGAAGAAGCCAAUUCUGAUGAUGGGAAGAGCAGCAGCAGCUCCGACACCUUAGGAGGCUCCAGCACUAGUAGUGGAUCUUCAUCCACCAAUGGUGGAACCAUCAACCCCAACACUGGCCCGAGUCAGAGGCCUGGGUCUGGAGGGAAAAAUGACAGUGAAGGAUUAUCAUCCUCUGGCUGGGGAGCCCCUCCACCUCAGCCAAUCCAGACUGGAUCAGGAUGGCGGGACCCCCCACAGUCACACAGCAAAGCCCAGAAUGGCACUACCAGUGGCUGGGGAGACCCUAUGCCUACCAGUGGUCCUAGAAAUGGAGGCACACAAUCCUGGGGUUCUGAGGACAAGGCACCCGGCUGGGAUGAUGGCAUGACGAAAAGUCAGCCUACUAACUGGGGAGAGGGCCCCAAAAGCUCCCAUGGUUGGGGCAACAAUAAUGGUGGCUCCAAUGGCCCCAGCACAGGAGAGUGGGGAGAGGCAGAGGUCAAGAACAAUGGAUCCUCCAGCAGCAUGUGGGAAGGAGAAGGAGGAAAUGGAGGAAAUGGUGGAAAUGGUGGAUGGAAGGAAAGUCCCAGAGGUGGAAAUAGAGGAGGAAGCUGGAGUAAGCCUGCUCCUACUGUGAAUAAUAGCAGUUGGGGGGAGACCCCACAUACCAAUGGCCCAGCACAGGGAGGCUGGGGAUCUUCCAAGCCCCAGGAAAGCAGCAGCAGCAGCAGCAGCGGCGGCAGCGGAGGAGGUGGUGGUAGCAUUGGGUCAUGGGGUGGUCCAGGUUCUGUGAAGCAGAACGCAUCUAGCUGGGGCAAUAGCAACAGCAAACAGGACCAGGGCAUGGAGCCCACAGGCUGGGAAGAGCCCUCCCCUCCCUCCAUCCGCAGGAAGAUGGAGAUCGAUGACGGAACGUCCACCUGGGGCGAUCCCACCGCCUAUAACAAGACGGUCAACAUGUGGGAUCGCAACAAUCCCAACGGUAACCCGGGCAACAGCGGCCCACCUCCCAGUAAGAACGGUGGAGUGAUCAUCCCCAACAAUAACAACAACAAUCACCCCGCCGGCCCUGGCAACAACAACAAUCACCAUCAUGCUCACCACAUGCACCACCAUCCUCAUCACAGCCAACCCCCAGCUCACCUGCAACACCACGGAAACAACAAUGGGUCACCCAACAAUGGUGCCUCACAUCCAGGCGCAGGCCCCCAGGGUAGACCUCCCCACGCCAACCCAGGAUGGGGAGAGCUUCCCACCAUUCAACCCAAGUCGGAGCCUGCUUGGGGAGAGCCGGCAGCUCCGACAUCAGCCGUUGACAACGGCACCUCCGCCUGGGGAAAGCCCUCAGGUGGAGUGGGAGGAUGGGGAGACGGUGGCCACGAGCCCUCUGGACCCUACGGCAGGGCCAAUGGACCCCCUGGGUCUGCCCCCUGCAAGCCAGGCCCCAAACCUAUGCAAGAUAGCUGGGGAAAUGGAGGAGAGGACAUGGGCAUGUCUACAGGCCAAUGGGACACAGAGGAUGGGGACAUGUGGAACAGCCCCACCUCCCAGGAGAGCAGCUCCUCCUGCAACUCCUGGGGCAAUGGACCCAAGAAGGGCCCAAGCAAGGGGAAGAUUGGCAACAAGCCAGAUGAAGCGUGGAUCAUGAACCGUCUCAUCAAACAGCUCACUGACAUGGGCUUUCCGAGAGACCCUGCUGAGGAGGCUCUGAAGAGCAACAACAUGAACCUUGACCAGGCCAUGAGCGCCCUGUUGGAGAAGAAGACGGACCUGGACAAGCGGGGCAUGGGCAUGUCCGAUUACAGCAACGGCAUGAACAAGCCCAUGGUGUGUCGGCCCUCUGCACUCUCCAAAGACCCCUCUGACCGCAACACUUUUCUCGACAAGGAUGGUGUUCUGUCGGAUGACGCCCCCCCAUCACCGUUUCUGCCUUCCCCCAGCCUGAAGCUCCCCCUGGCCAACAGUAGCCUUCCUGGGCAGGGUCUGGGACAGGGCAACCCGGGGCUGGCCAUGCAAAACUUGAACAACAGACAGCAGAUACCCAGUGGAAUGUUUGGCAGUAGUGGAGCAGCACAAACCCGGGCCAUGCAGCAGCAGCAGCAGCAGCCUCCUCAGCCACCAGUGCCACCUCUCAGCUCCUCCCAGCCUAGUCUACGUGCUCAAGUGCCUCAGUUUCUCUCCCCUCAGGUCCAAGCACAGCUCUUGCAGUUUGCAGCAAAAAACAUUGGUCUGAAUCCUGCACUUUUAACCUCACCAAUAAACCCUCAACAAAUGACUCUCUUGUACCAACUUCAGCAACUGCAAAUGGCGUACCAGCGUUUACAAAUCCAGCAGCAGAUGAUGCAGGCGCAACGCAAUGUUUCCGGCCCCAUUAGACAACAAGAGCAGCAAGUUGCACGUACAAUCACCAACAUGCAGCAGCAGAUCCAGCAGCACCAGCGUCAGCUGUACCAGGCGCUGCUGAUGAAGCAGCAGCAACUUCCCUCUCAUUCCUCCUCCUCUUCCUCCUCUGCUGGUCUGCAUCCUCCCAGUGGCCCCGCCGGAGGCCCUGGCUCUGGCAAAUCAACCCUGGACCCCUUCACAGGCCCACACCAGGCUCCGGGCCUCACCGACACACUGCACACCAAAGAGCCGCCGUCUUCGCCCAACGCCUACAGCACCUACCCUCUCUCUGGACUGAAUCCAAACAUGAAUGUAAACUGCAUGGAGGUUGGGGGUCUGUCCCUGAAGGAGCCCCCUCAGCCCCAAUCCCGCCUGUCCCAGUGGACACACUCCAACUCCAUGGACAGCCUCUCCGGCAACUCCUCAAACAUGGAGAACAACCUCAGUAAGCACGGUGCCAUAUCUGCUGCCUCUUCCCUGGGCCCCCCCGGGAAGCCCCCUCAGCUGGAGGACUCAUACAGCCCUUACAAUCUAAUGUCCAGCUCCGAGUCCCCCACCAGCCCCCUGGUGCCACCGGACAGCUGGGGCCAAGGCAAGAGCCCCAAUGAGAAGAUCUCCAAUGGGACCAACAUUAACUGGCCCCCAGAGUUCUGCCCCGGUGUGCCGUGGAAGGGCCUUCAGAACAUCGACCCCGAGAAUGACCCCAACAUGACCCCUGGCAGCGUCCCCAGCGGUCCCACCAUCAACACCAACAUCCACGACGUCAAUCGAUACCUCCUGCGGGACAGGAACGGAGCCUCCUCCCCGCCUCCUCCACCUCAGAAUGGCUCUCUGCCUGCAGCCGGCAGUGACUGGCCAGUCUACUCUAACUCUUUCAGUCUGUCGUCCUCUGACGGAGACAGCUCAGGUAAACUGUCUGACAUGAAGUCCACCUGGUCCCCGGGGCCCAUCUCCCAGAGCCAAGCCUCUCUGUCCCAUGAGUUGUGGAAGGUCCCUCAGGGGCCACGCAGCACCACGGCCCCAUCCCGGCCCCCGCCGGGCCUCACCAACAACAAGCCCUCCUCCACCUGGGGCGGCAACUCGCUGGGCCUGGCCCAAGGUUGGAGCGGCUCGUACUCCUCUGAGGGAACCACCUGGAGUACUGAAAGCUCCAACAGGACCAGCAGCUGGCUGGUGCUGAGGAAUCUAACCCCACAAAUUGAUGGUUCGACUCUGCGGACUCUGUGCAUGCAGCACGGCCCCCUGAUCACAUUCCACCUUAACCUGACCCAGGGGAACGCUGUCGUGCGCUACAGCUCCAAGGACGAGGCCGCCAAGGCCCAGAAGUCUCUGCACAUGUGUGUGCUCGGAAACACCACCAUCCUGGCGGAGUUCGCCGGCGAGGAGGAGGUGAACCGCUUCUUUGCACAAGGCCAGUCGCUGGGGGCGAACACCACCAGCUGGCAGGCCAACCCGGGAACCAAUCAAAACCGGAUGGGGGCAGCGCAGUCCCACGCUAUCGGCCAGUGGAGCAACAGUGGCGGAGGUGGAGGAGGCAAGGCCAGUGGAGGCGACCUGCUGUGGGGCGGCGUGCCUCAGUACUCCAGCCUGUGGGGGCCGCCGAGCGGAGAGGACGCCCGCGUGAUCGGGAGCCCCACCCCCAUCAACACCCUGCUGCCUGGAGAUCUGCUGAGCGGGGAGUCCAUGUAGGGUGACGAUGCCACGAUACACUAACCAACAACCAACCAACCAAACCACCGCCACCGUCAUGUAAGCCAUCGGUGGAAGGUGGGAGGGAAAAUACAAAACAAACCAACAUGAACAAAACCCAAGCAAAUCAUGUGGCGAUAAUCAGUAUCAAUGAAACUGAACUGUGAAGUGUGAAUCAGAAGGCCGGAGUCCGAACAGACUGCAGACUCCUCCUCCUGCUUCACGUCAGUCCUCUUUGUUUGUCGUUUACCUUCGGAAGAAAAAAAAAGUUGUUUUUUUUUCUCCUUUAAGUAUUUUUGAUGCAUCAUAUGAAAACAAACUCAACACAAAGAAACCUUUGAAGUGUUUUUUAGUUUUUCCAUAAGUAUACACGACAUUCUGCGUGAAGUGUUUUUAGGAGAAGCAAUCAAAGCUGCCAUCUGAGACUUUCCUUUUCCCUCCAAAAAAAAAAAAAAACGAAGAAACAAAUCAUCCCAAAAUGAGACUGAAACCAUUCCCAGCAUGUCCAUGGCCAAUGAUGUGGUUCAAAGACCUUUUACUAGUUAUGUUAACGUUCGUUUCUCAGCACUAAUAUUAGCCUUAAGUGCUCUCUGGCCCAGGUCCUUCCCAAGCCGCCUUUAUUUCUUUAUUUAGUUUGUUUUGUAAGUGAAGAAAUAGCUGAAAUCUUGCACAGUUUCACCCUCUGAGCCAGCAAAGUGGUUCCAGGACAUGACUGGUGACCAGUGAGAAGGCCUGGCCACGUGACUGGCCCUACCAAUCAUCAUCAGCUUAAUUCUUUUCAAUUAGUCUUCUCAAAGGGAGCGACACAGCUGUUCAAUGUUCUUUCUUUGUUUGUAGGUCUAAACCCGAGCGUGUUUUUUUUAAUAUAUGUAUCACAACAUAUAAGCUGAGAGAAGAUUAUCUGUCGACCUCGCUGCGUGUCUCCGUGUACGUCACGACGGCACCUAAUCAUUGACGUCUGCAAAGCCCAGAUCCUUCUGGUCACCUCUCGUGUUGGGAGCCAGCCAGGAGCUCGCUGGUGCUUUGUCGAGUUUUUCUAUUGUCCGAUUUGUUCUGAAGCCCAGCGGUCUGUACGGUCAGCCAGUUCUCGGAGGAAAUACAAACACAAUUUCACUUUCAUUGUGCAAUAUACACAUAGACCUUUCUUCUUCCGUUCACACUCUGUCCACCGGAGCUGGUUUCUCUUUAUUUUUCUUGUUUUUGUGUUUUUUAUUUUUAUUUUUAUUGUUGCCGUUGCAGCAAAAGAACUUUUGGAACUUCACAAACUUUACCGCCCCUUCUCAAAACUUGGAUUCCCCCCAGGCCGCCGAUUCCCCGCUGAAACUGUUGGGAAAAAACUCUGCAAAGAGGAAGAAGCAGCUGUCGAACUGUGCAUGCAGCAAACUGUACUGGAUUGACACUGGGUACACAAUAAUGCACACUUCCUCUCUGCACGCCACAGCCACACCCAACAGAGACUGAAUCCACGGCGGGGCUCGGAUCGGUCCUGGGCAUCUGGCACAAUACCAAAUAAGAGGGGUUCCUCCUAAUGCAGUAGACCUACGAGUGUUCCUUGCGUUUGGUACUGUACAAACAGAAAAAGGACUUUUAUAAAUUCAAAGGGUUUUAUCAUAGCACUUAUGAAGAGCAAAUCGCUUCAACUGCAAUCCAAUAAAUCAGAAGAAGGAGCAGCGACAACACGAAAGCGCCUGCUCUUUAUGUACUAUAUCUAUUCCUUGGAGACGUGUGGCGUCGCUCCUCUGGUAGCACCAUGAAGGGAAACUAAACUGAAAUGUUGAACUUGGACAGAAACUGGUUUUAGUUUUCUUUCUUUGAAAGUGAAUAUCACUGUUACUCCAAAUGUUUCGCCUUGUUCCGUUCGGAGGGCGCGUCGGCUGUCUCUGACGGGGGGCGAGGAGGGAGGGCGAGCGAGCGUCCACCGAGUGCCUCUCUGCUGUGGUCCUCCGGGUGUGAACCCCACAGCGCAGCACUUCCUCCUUGGGCUCCACUCGACCCUCCCCUCGAGUCCCCGCAAGAAAGAAAAAAAAAAAGCAGCUCCUCCUCCUCCAAGACCGGCCAAUCACGGCUCUCUCUCUCUCUCCGCCACACGCGGCAUCUCCAACAAGACGUGGAGGUGAGGCGGGUGAGGCUCUCCUCCCCCUCUCCUCCAUCUCUCAGUUCUUUGACACAAAGAUCACUUUAGCUGGAAGAUGUAAUAGUCAUAUUUCUGGAAUUUUAUCGCCAGUGUACUUUUUAUUUUUUGUGUUCUGAUGUUGUGUUUUUGUCGACGUGCAGUCGUCGUGCGGUCUACGAGAUAACUGGCUGCUGAACUUUUAGCCCUUCACUGUUCAUAUGCAGAAACACUUUGGUCAGAGGUGCCUCUGUAUGUUCAUCCUGUGUAUUGAAUGCAAAACGAGGAUCAAUACUACAGAGCGUUAUUGAUUGUCUAUUUGUUUUGAACUGAUCAUGACUUUGUGUUGACAGUAUUCUGUAGUACUUCCAGGUUAGUAUCUUUAGACGUGUAAAAAACAAAAAAACUAAAAAAAAAAACUAGAGUGUCUCAGACGGGUGGGGGUUCGUGGGUGUUUGUCGCUCCAAGCUGCUCCACCUGCCCGCAGGCUGUCCCCCCCUUCGCCCUUUGCCUAGCUGCUAACGCUAUGACCUCGUCGCCUCCUCCACCCGCCUCAACCAGACCCAGUAGCCCCUCCUCCUCCUCCAACAGGCACCAACGGGCCCUCCUAUCUGUUUCUAUGCAAAAGACUAGAGGCCGGGGCCCUUCACAGCACGCCAACCCGACCUGGGAACGAGCACUCCUCCCAGACUUUUGGCAACACUCGUCCCCCUUCCUCCCCCUCGCCGCCGUUUCUGUUAAGCCACCAGAGCACUGUCGUCCACUAAAGUCCAAACACUUUAUCCGAGGCGGGCCUUUCUCUCUGCGCUGAAGACACUUCUUUCUGUCCAGCUUGAUCUCAGGGUUGGGGAGUUGAUGAUACCAAGUACGAGCUGCAGCUCUCCGUGUCUGUCCUUUAAACUGUGAGAGCGAAAGUCUUAAAUUUAAACCUCACGCCUGCAGCUUAAUCCUAAUUGGACGGAAAAAGAAUCUUUUCGUCACCGUUUCGAGGCCCUUUUGUUUCCCCGUGCAUGUUAAGAGACGCCAACGUCAUGUGCCAAUAUAAAUUAGCCGUGUCAUACUGUAUCUUUAUAGAGAGCACCGUGUUCCCGGUGUGGAGGAGCUCUGAUAACCUUUGCAGAGGGUUCAGCGGGGGGACAGGAAGGGAUCAAACACACGGGCGGCAGCAUCACACCCUCAGACCGCUGAGUGUUUUUAUGAUUUGAAUGCUUUUGUGGGGGACGCCCCACUGUAAGGAGGAAAUCUUUACUCAGUUUGGGGGGUUCCAGUUUGCUACAGUGCACAGUCGAUGAUGAUGAUGGGUAAUCCCGGGUACAUAUUUUUUUAAAACCAAAAAUGAAAAAUCGCAUUUUAACGUCAUUUUUAUGAAGUUUGACAUAAAAAUCUUAAAAAAUGUUCAAAAAAUCUAAAUGAAAAAAAAAAAAAAAAAGAUCUAUAAUAUGUUAAAGCUCUGCACUUCUUAGCUGAAACGUCUCCACGGUCAUCAGCCUCCACGUGCCCCAACAUCUGACGGGGGCGGACUGGUGGCCGGGGUGCCUUUUUUUUGGUGGAUGCUGUAUUUAUGUCGUUUUUAAUGUUUGUGUUUUCCCGCUCAAAGCGGGCCCACUGAACUGAACUGAACUGAACUGUACAUUUCCACAGACCCAGAUGGCUUGGGCCCACUGUAUCAGCCUCACUUUUACCCCUCGGGUACAGCCCGAGGGAGCGAGGAGGGGGCCACAUUUCAAGAGGUACAAAGUCUUAAAAAAAACAAAAAUGUUUUAAAGUAAAAAAAACAUAAAAAUUACUAAAAAAAAACAACAAAAAUAAAGAAGAAAACGGGAAAAGGCUACCUUUCAGGACUCCUGCAGUCCUGCAGCACACAAGCAAAAAUCACUAUUGCCUGUUUCUGUAACUGCCUUUUGAUCCAAGCUCAGACAGACCCAACAGCCGAGGACCUCCCAGCAUCCUGUACUAACUGGAGAACCCUGACAGUGAAGGGGGUUUCCCCAUGCUGCACCAGCACCGAGAGGCUCUCCUCUCUACAGCUCUGUUCUAGAUAACAGUAUAUAUGUAUACUGUGAGUAUGGUGUGUGGUAUCACCUCUUCAGACUUCUUGGAUCGUAACCUCUGAAACUUUUUCGUUUUGAUUUAAUACGACUGAAAAAUGAGCAAUAUGUAUUUUCCCCGCAAAUAAAGUGACGACGAAGGAAAGAAUUCGUGUCGGGCGGUAAAAACUGAUACUUGAUCGAUUUUUUGAAAGCGGCGUUGUUGGAGUUGGAGAUAUGCACGUUCUGGUUUUCGCCGACACGUUAACAGUACUUUGAAGUGCUUGUACUGCACACACACACAUAACACGCACGUGUGUGUGUGUGUGUGUGUGUUUUUGUAUUUGUUAAUUAGCCGGUCUAAAAGCCCAACCCAACCAGAAAAAUCACAAACAUAUCAAGACAAAAAAAAAAACGAAAUAUUGAACUCAAAUACUUGAAUCAUGGAGCGCCAAUAACGUAAUGUGAAGUCAGUAAUUUUUGUUUUGUCGUUCUCCGUCUGACAGGUACACUUUUAGAGGAUUAUUAAAAAUGUUAUCGAAUCUGAAAUCUUUGGAGAAAAAAUGCAAAAGUCAUCAUCGACGUGUGCUUGAACGUCAGAUGUUUGGAUGAAUGUGUGAAACUGUGUGUUAGCGGGCACACGGCCGCCUGCUGUUUCUGUUCCACUCAGUAUGUUUUGUGUUUUUAUUUUGUCAAAAAGCGAUUCUGAUGAUAGACGUUGUUGUUAUCUUCUAACGUUGCACUGAGUGUCUUCGACCCCUCGCUCAGCUAAUCGUAGAUGAAACGAGUCUAAAGUACGGGAGGGGGAGAUGGUGACAAUUCACGUGUACAUGUUUACUCAAGGACUUUUUUUUGUUUCAUUCUAUCUGUACAAAGUUUAUCUACCUUAUAGUGGCUUUUAUUGUGGAAUAAUCCCGUACGAGGGUUAUCAUUGAGUAUUGCACCAUUUUGUUCCGAUUAUACAAAAAA